ACCUCCUAAAACCUAAAUCCAUAAUACUCAUAAUCCAUACUACCUCCAUCACCACAACCAUUUCUUAUCCUCUAUCUCCAUUAACACCACCACCACUACAUCAAUUCUCCACUCUCUUUUCUAUCAUCACUUUCUCCAUCUACUCCACCUAUUCACACAAUGCAUAAUUCAAGCUUCACUCUCUUUUAUCAUUAACAAUAAAUUCUCUAUAAACAACAUUGUUCUACUUGGUAAAAAAUUGGAGCAAUGAUCGUUAUAACUAAUAUGUGUUUAUCAAAUCCAAGCAAGCUUAAGCUCAAGCUUGUCAAGCCAAGCGAAGCUCAAUCAAGGACUUAUCUGGAAAUCUGGAAUGAACCAAAACUAUUUUAGACCAACAGAUGCUGUCAAUUUAGCCGUGACAUUGACCAGGUCCAACGCGCAUAAGACAGGGAAGAUGAAACUGUAAGGCAAAACUUUUUGGUGAGGGUGGAAUCAGGAAUGGCGUCGAGUGUGGUGAAAUUCCUAAUCAACUCAUCGUCUGCCUCGUUAGAAGUCACACCGCCAAAUGGGUGCAGAGUGCUUGUAGUAUGAGGCUGGCAGGGAUGGAGGACACGGCGGAGCUGCUGGAGAAGAAGCUAGCGUCGGAAAUUUUGAAGAUGAGCUUAGAGGAGGCACUCACUCUCGCUCGUGCUUUCAGCCAUUACCUCAAUUUGAUGGGCAUUGCUAAAGCUCAUCACAGGGUUCGCAGACAAAAGAAUGUGGCAUCCCUAUCAAAAUCUUGUGAUGAUAUUUUUAAUCAGCUUCUGCAGCGUGGUGUUUCCCCAGACCAGCUUUACGAUACCAUUUGCAAGCAGGAGGUCGAAAUUGUUCUUACUGCACAUCCUAGUGUGCUUUCAUGCUUUAACGUACAUUCAUUUUUACCAAGCUCUAAACAUUGUAUCAUGACAUAGCAAACACACAUACUC